UACGCUGUCGACAGGCACGGUCGAAAGAUAAUUUUCUGCUAGGUGCUGGAAGUUCGCCGGAAUCGCGGCCCAUCAUCAAGAUCCCAGUGUCGGGUGACAAAAGAACCGAGCGAUGCGAGGCAGAUGGCCACGCACAUGGCAACGCUUUCAAUGGUGGCGUUCUUUGCCGGAUAGUUGGUGAGAUUCGCAUUUACCGCAUCUAGUGUGCACUGCAAGCUGGCUGUUGCUGGCAUGGCAUAGGUAUGCGGCCGGUGCCGUCCUAAGCUAUGCUCGCGUGCUGAUGUGCAUUAAGAAAGGCCAUGGCACCCGUGUCGGAAUGUUGGAAACCCGCGGACUGGAAAACAAAUGUCCAAGUCAUCGACAUUCGUCGGCAACGAAUUCCACGAUUUCAGCAAACUCCCCAGCACCUACCAGAAAAUGAUCUUUCGAGCCUGCAUCUUUCAGACGAUACAGUUGUGCGAGGAUCUGGCCGACGUCGGCAUCACCGCCGCAAAUAUCUGCUUCUGGCAGACGAUUGCUAGAGACGCCACAAACAGGAAUAUCCCCAUCGAAAUUCUCGAUACGAAAAAGGUCGAUAUCACUCGCAUUGACUGGGUGAUCCCAUCCAAAACUCCUUCCAAACUCUUCGACGAGGUCAGGAAAGAACUUCGCAUUCAACGCAAGACGCUCGGGCGGCAAGGAACAAGUCUGGAACGCGCGAGUCUCUCAUUCCUUGUGCACAAGGGUUUACCAUCCGCCAUCCGCCAAACGAUUUUGAGGCAGCUUCGAAGGGAAGAGAAAGCGGCCGCCGAGCUGACGAAAGAACAAGCGGCCGAAGCUGAGCUACAGGGGACACUGGCCCGUCGUUGCCCGUGCGCCGCCGUUGCCAAAGAACUACUUCCGUCGCUGCUGUUGGCGGGUGGAGAAGAAGGUGAAGAGAAAGAGGCUGGGGCCGAGGGUGAGGCCGAGGGUAAGGUUGAAGAGGGCGAAGAAGAGCAGGAGGAGGAGCACAUAGAUGAGGGCGACCAGCAAGGCGGAUCUUCACCGGCUGGGGCAGGAAAGAGGCGAGCGGGAGGAUCGGAGCAGGAGGAAAGCGGCGCGAGGAAGAGGCGUGCUUGAAAGUGUGUAAUAUCUGGUUCCACUGCGUAGCGGUUUGGAGUGGGUGUUUUUCGUUGAAAAUGGGAGAUGCGGUCUCAAGGCUUGAUGUGGGAGCGUAUGAGAGAGCUUAUGAGAGAAGGAGAC